UUGGAAAAUCUCUACAUUUAAUUGGUGCUCGCUCAAAGUGUAUAUAGUAAAGUGUUCCUUUCGUUGCACGACAAUCCUCGUUCGUUCUCUUGUUUUUUUUUUUAUCUUAUUUUUUGUUUCCCCCUCCCUCCGAUUACUCGGUGAUGAUUAUCAACGCUCAAAGAAAAUAAACAUUGUAAAAGCGCGUCAAUACUACGAACAGGUGUACCGCAAUACAGUUGUAAUUCUUUUGUUUGCACCGGCCCUUUGGCACCUAUAAAAGUGUAUUCGGUCGUUUCCUACGUCGACUCCAAAAUAGGCAAACAACAAUAUAUUUGGUAUCAGUAAUAUAUGCAGGACUCUCGUGUCAACGGCAGCAUGUCCUGCGGUCCUUCAGCCUUGUUUCUCGCAAGGGCAACAAUAAAUCUGCAACGAAACCGCAAAGACGUGAUUAAUUGUUUAGUGGUGCAGCAUCGAUAGAUAACACACGUAUCUAGCGUAUAGUGUACUCACGAGGUGACUCGUCGGAUGUAGGUAUUUAUACCUACACUUGCGUAUAUAUUAUUAUACAUAUGAUAUCGGAGCAGUUAUACGGACAACCUCGGUAGUAGCCGAUUUUUUUUUUUUUUAUUUUGGAGCAAACGCGGUGAUCGUAUCUAGUAUCAAGUAAUUAUUCAUCGGGAGACAUAUUACAUUGUACACCAGCGAUCGGCCCAGCGGUACAUACGAGCAUGGACGAGGAAGAGAUCGACGGUUUCAAGUCGCCGAUCAAGCGGCUCGGCUCUACUAGAAAGCUACUUGUGUUCAACCACAUCCGGCUGCAGCUGAACGAGCAGCUACGAUGCCUGGACGUGCGGAUGGAGGCGCAGGUGGCGCUGGUCGAGGAGCUCCAGGAUUUUUUUCGCAAACGGGCCGAGCUCGAGCUCGAGUACAGCAAGUCCCUCGACAAGAUGGCCAAGAGCAUCGAGCACAAGGACCAGAAGCAAAAGAGGGAGCAGUGGCCGCAGUCGCUCCACUCGUGUUGGAAGCAACUCGUCAGCGAGACCAAAUCCCUGAGCCGAGAUCACGCCACCCUGUCCGAGGUCUACAGCACCCAUCUCGUCGGCCGCCUCAACCAGGUCAUCGAGGACGUCCAGCGCAUCUACAAGCGCUGUCGCGAGAUCGGCUACGAGACGCACGAGGAGAUCCUGCGAGUGCUGCACGAGUUGCACACGACCAUGAAGACGUACCACUCGUACCAGGCGGAGGCGCACCAGGCCGAGACGAAGCUCAGAGUGGCCGAGCAACAGCGCACCAAGCUCGAGGUCACGAACGCCCCCCCGGAGAAGCUCACCCGCAGCAAAAAGUACAAGCUCAUCGAAAAGGAAGUCAGCAAGAGAAAAAGCAAGUACACCGAGGCGAAGCUAAAGGCGCUCAAGGCCAGGAACGAAUACAUCCUCUGCCUCGAGGCUUCAAACACAACGAUUCACAAAUACUUUGUCGACGACCUGUCCGAUCUCAUCGACUGUAUGGAUUUCGGGUUUCACAAUUGCAUUGCUCGAGCUUUGCUGAUGCACUGCAGCGCGGAAGAGGGGAGGCAGAGGUCGCUUCAAACUGGAGCAGAAAAACUGGCAGCUUGCAUCAACGCUUUGGAUUCGCGCGCGGAUAAGAAACAAUUUUUCAUAUCUCAUCCCUCGGCCUUUAUGAUUCCGAAAAAGUUUGAAUUCCAGAGUCAAAAGAGUGAUGACACUCCGGAACCAGAGUUACAAAAGGUGCUUCAUAGCGAAAUGGAGCAAAGACUCCAGCAGCUACAGCAAAGGGUCACUACGCUUAGGACCGAGUCCGAGGAGGUCUGGAAGACUCUUGAAACUGCCGAGACAAGUUUACUCGAGAUGCUCACGGCCAAGGACUACGAUUGCUCAAGGUACUUUGGAGAAAAUGCAGUGACAAGCUCUAAGCCUCCCGAAACCGUGCAAAUCAAGCUCAGAGCGGAUCGACAGGAAACAGAGGAAUUUUACCUCGCAAAAUUUCGAGAAUAUUUAUUGGGAACGUCUAGGAUAGCAAGAUUAGAUGCCAAACAAGAAUACAUUCGCCAGAGUUUACUGGACGGAUCAAAUUCCAGUCCAAAUCUAUCAAUCAAGACGACGAAACAGAAGCAAGCCGGUAGGAAACGAAUAGGCCGGCUGCAAAUGAACGGUCAGCCGAAAUUGUUUGGCGGCUCGUUAGAGGAAUACUUGGAGAGUACCAAUCAAGAAAUUCCGCUCAUCAUCAAGAGUUGUAUACGAGUUAUCAAUCUAUACGGCUUGCAUCAUCAAGGGAUAUUUCGAGUUUCUGGAUCGCAGAUCGAAAUCAAUAAUUUUAAAUUUUGGUUCGAACAAGGCGAAGAUCCUCUGGCCGACAUGACUGAUGCUUCCGAUAUAAACAGCGUCGCUGGGGUGCUAAAGUUGUAUUUGAGAGGAUUGAUGGAGCCCAUUUUUCCAACUAAUUAUUUCGAGCAACUUAUGGAGCUCGCGCAGUUGGAGUCGAAACAAGAGUUCGUGACACGAAUGAAACAAGUGAUUUCCAGUCUUCCGAGGCCAGUAGUUAUAGUUAUGAGAUACCUCUUUGCUUUCCUUAAUCAUCUCUCCGAGUUUUCUGAUGAAAAUAUGAUGGAUCCUUAUAAUUUAGCCAUUUGUUUCGGACCGACGUUGGUUCCUGUUCCAAACACUGUCGAUCAAGUUCAGUAUCAAAAUCAAGUGAAUGAACUAAUUAAAAAUAUCAUAACGUUGAAUGAGGAGAUUUUCCCGGACGAUAUUGGAGGCAUCAAGUAUGAAAAAUACAUCAGUAGAGAACCUGAUGACGAAGAUGUAGGGGACUCUCCAACGGAACAAGUGCAAGAAGAUAUGGAUUCAGAAGUAUAUCCAUCCGAAGACGAAUCCGAAAAUUUAGAAGCCACGGCACAAUUCGACUUUAAAGCUCGAUCUGAAAGAGAACUUAGUUUUAAAAAAGGCAAUACAUUAACGUUGUACACGCAAGUUAGCAAUGACUGGUGGAGAGGAGCAUUAGGAGGCAAAGAGGGUCUUAUUCCGGAUAAAUACAUCAUGCUCAAAAUAAAGGACGAUGAGCGAGACAAAGAUUUAAAGUCGUCAUCGAGCGAAGAGUCGAUGAGACGACGAACGUCAAGUUCGGCUGACAGUGUAUUGUCGAGUAAUAAUUCCCCAUUGAUGGGACCAAACAGUAAUAAUGCAGCAGUUGUUGCGUGUGAAGCAGCAAUGGCUGCAAACAUGAUGCAAUCGGUCAACUCAAGUGCCAAUGCAAUCGCACCAUCAGUCGUCACGAGUGUUCCCUGCGUCAAUUCUACGUCGUCACAAGCCAUCAUCAGUCGUGAGGAACACGUAACUUUGCCAGCAACAACAGCAGCAACGACAUUGAGUAGCAGAUCGGCGAGACCAUCCAGCCCAGAGCGUAAGACCCAACAGCUGACCAACUCUGGCGCCGAAGCAACUGCCGGCACCGCGGAGAGCACGCCGGGCUCCUCGAAUAAAGAACUGCUAUCCGCAGACGUGAUCGACCAUUCGAGUAGGCAAGUCGCCGGUAGCGAUACCGAAACCGAGGCGCGUCGAGGUGGGGCACGAAAGCAGCACCAUUGGAAGUCACAGAGCGUGGGCGAGCCCGCGCGAGAACCAGCCCCGACGGUACCCACCGCCAGUAGCAGCGCCGGCUCGGUGUCCACCAUCCGCGACGAGAGCGAGCUAGAGUGCACGAGCUUCUUGGCCAACCGGGAGCUCUGGCAGAGACGGGCUACCUCGCAAACGCAGCUGAAUCCCACGCCCGGUGCCAAAAUGCUGCGGGCCUCCCUAGAGAUCCGCGAGAUGCGCCAGAAGCACACUCCCGACCUCGUGAUGGAUCUACCCCUUUCGGCCCAGGACCUCGGUAAAAAGUCCACGUCGACGAGCAGUCUCAGCGGCGGUAGCAGUUCCGACGAGGAUAGUCCACCGGCGCGUCGUCCAGGGCCCUCGGCCAAGGGUCCCGACUCGCCGGACAUGAGCACCGCGGCCGAGCGCUUUGCCAAGCAGAAUCAGUGCACGCUCAAGAAGAAGGCUGGCCCACCGGUGCAGGACGCCAGUGGCAAGGUCCGGCCGGCUCCGUCGCAGAUCGAGUCGGACGAGCCCGAGGCUUGCGAGGCGAUCGUGCGCUCGGCCAGUUCUAGCCAACUCGGCGAGCCGGCUCCCAGCCGGGUUGGAUUGCGCUCUCCCCUGCCCCCGCGAUCCACGCCCAAAAUAGCGGCCAAGUUCGCGGACAUGCACCUGACCGGUGGCAGCCAGAUGCAGCAGCCGCAAAUACCGCAUCUCAAGGUCAAGCCGGCGAUACUGCGGAAACCGGUGCUGCCCUAUCCCCAUCCCCACAUGAGUCCAGAGCUAGCCAGAAAAAUCGAGAAACAGGCACAGAGCGCCGAGCACACGAAUUAAUGCGAUACUUGUAUUCGUAUAUUUAUUAGGUAUAUUAAACACACUUUACCCGUCGCCAAAUCGCCAUUCCCUGACCAAUUAGUCCGCCCAAUGAAUGAUAAUGGUUAAUUAGUAUACAUGUCGGAGAGGUGUCGUGUGGUCAUAGGUCAUUCGCCAUAACAUUAAACAAGGAGACCCACGGUAUAAAAAAUUGUUUUCCUUCUAACAAUUAUUUUUUUACGAGAUGACCAAUGAAACAAGGUUUCUAGUCAUGAAGCGGAUAAUAUUAGAGAGAAGGCAAGGCUGCAGCAAAGAUGAAAAAUUUUUGAAACGCAAGCGUCGAAAAGGCAGUGUUUCAUGAUAAUAAUAAUAAUAAUAACAGUAAUAAUUCAAAAUGUAACAGUGAGAAUGAUGAUGAAGGAAAUGAACACGUGUACACCCGUCGCUGUAGGUAUGUAAUACAACGCACCGCAGCUACGUGAACUGAAAAUAAAAAAAGUAACUCAUGCAAUCAUGCCUUUUCCUCGUACACACACAAUAAUAAUCGUCGUGAUGGGAAAAUGACUAUUUGACGCUGUAUAAGCGUAAGGGAUUAACAAAUCUGCGCAUAUAUAUUCUUUGAAACCCAAGACGUUAUUUAGAACGCAGCGGUAAAUAUAUACCGUAACAGUGUGCAUAUAGCAAUUAAGAAAAAUAAUUAAAGUCAAACUCCUAUAUGAGACCGACUACUAUAAUUAUCAAAAGGUAAUGAUAAACACAAUGCAGAUGGAACGAAUCAAUGAUAUUCUUCACUGCAAUAAAAAAUGAUGCCAAAGUUAGAAAAGACCACAUUUAUUGUAAAAUAUUUUUUUCCUAAAUUAAUUUUUUCUUUAAUUUUUUUUUUUUUUUCUGAUUAUACAUAUAUAUGUUAUUGUCUCGUAUUAGGUAAAUUAUAGCUGUGUACAGUGAUUUUUUACUUUUGAAUUCUAAAGUAGCUUAUAAAAUUACUUUUUACAUUUAUUAUACGUACAUUAAUUGUA